AUGUCCUCGCACCUCUCAAACCAUCCACUCUGUUUCACUACAGUGAGUGUUUACAGUACGGAUAAGAUAAGAUACUAUCGUGAACGGAAAAAAAGCCGGGGACAGGAAAAGUCGGGGACGAUAUUUUCCGGUCGGGAAUCCGGAAAAGCUGGUCGGCUCGAAAAAAAAUGGGAGACAGCGACGAAGAUGAAGAUUUGGAGACGGGAUCCAAGAAAUGCGCCGAUCUCCGCACCACACUAG